CAAGCCUUACUGCCUGUUCACCCCGAUGAACAAAAAGACAAGAUACUGUUACGCUACGAGCACAACUUUCGCCAUGCGAUGUGUUUCUUCGACGACGCAAUGAAGCAGCGUACGCUUAACGUGCUAGAUCAGUUGGAUGUACGGAAGAUCGAUCACUACCCUUCACAUCUUAUCAAAAAGAUCAUUCCACGGGUGGAUCACCGGCUCAACUAUCUCAAGCAAGCGUAUAAGUUUAUGCUCGAAGAAGAACAACUGUGGCCCAACGUAUACCCGGAGGUGAUGCUGAUGGACUAUCUUUUCGAUACUGAUCAUGGCGUGUCUCGAGAUCAGGCGGUGUUCUUCAUCAUUCUGCUGAUGGACCUGCAGGAAGACUAUCGGUACUAUGUAAAACGUGCAUUUCUUCGUUAUAUAUUACGCUCGGAAGUGGAACGAUCGCGCCUUCAGCUUGCAAUUGAACCACCCGAAUUCCCGAUCGCCACUAUGGUCGCUCCGGUACCAUGGAAGUGCUCCAUACAGCUGGCAAAAAAUCGACUCGAAGAGGUGCUCAUGAUAAACCACCCUGUACUGCAGGCGAUCAACAUGCUAUGGCACAAGCUGUACAGCAAUCUACUGGUCGUCGAUUCGGUCAAAUUCUACAGCACCGAUAUCCCAAUGCACGCGGAUAAAAUAACCGAGAUGAUACACAACAGCUGUCGAAUAACGAGAGAUAUAUUGAUCAACGACUGGAUGCCACGGGUCGCCGAUCUGGUGGACGUGAUGCGCAAGUACUGGAAAGAUCUGGUACCGCGAAACUCCACCCAUGGUGGACGCGGCACAAUCUUUUUCAACUGCAUACACGCCCUCACCUCGUACCAUCUGCAGGAAUUGAUCAAAAAGAGUCUCGAUCAUCUAGUCGAAGCGCUGGAAGUGUACCGGGAGGGCGAUGUUGCCGGCGAGGAACCGAAAGUGAAGAAGAAACCCUUCAUGACGCUAACCGUUUCGGUGGUUGGACAGCACCAUACGGAUAUAGAGAAAACUACGGAGAAAACGGACCUUUCCCUGUACCAGGUGGAUGACGAUGAUCCGGACAUACUAGCCUCCGAGUCGGACGACUUCGUGCUGACCAAUGGCGAUGAACGGAGAACUUCCUUUAUUGUGAAAAGCAGUGGCAAGAUUAUCAUCUAUCCGUACAUGGAAGAGUUGCCCGAUCUGUUCAAAAGUUACUUCGUCAAGAUCUUAAAGGUGGGCUACAAGAUCCCAAGGCUCGAGUACUAUCUGACGCAGGAUGAAAAGCAGCUGGGCUACCUGCACUUCAUACGCACCGACAACGAUGACAUGAAGAAGUUGUACGAGCGUGUGAAGAAGAUUGUCAUUGCCAACCAGACCGGUCCGACGGUGUACUUGUAUCCGAUGUACGAGUACUAUUUCCCGGUGCUGGCAAACAAAAUGAAGCUGAUAACGGAGGGGAUUUUUUCGCAGCUGGAACUACCACCGCUGGACAUUUUUAAAGAGCUGGUCCAAAAAUUUACCGAUUUGCUAAAUGGCAUCUAUUAUCUGCGUGACUUUAUACCACUGAAUUUAUUCAUGCUCGACAACAGCAGAUUAAACAAGGUGCUCGAAAAGCUGGUGAACGAUCUCAAGAACUUUGUCAUCAACUAUUUCAUCACGCUCAACCAGGUGGAUAAUAGAAGAAUUUGCGAUGAAUUCGAAGAUAUGUCACUACACGCUGGCGAGCGUCCCAAGGAAACGCCCGAAGUGGUCGCACUGCAAAACUACCUUACCCAGUGCCGAGAGGAGCGCAUGUAUCAGCUAACGUCGGAGAUAAAACAAGUCGCUCAGCGGGUUAUUUUCUUGCUAACUCAUGCGAUUCUUGACCAGGAAGACAUCAAUCUCAACUCCCGACUGUUCCUGUGGCCAAAAGAGCUGGAAAAGGUGCUCGAUCUAAGCGGUGCCCGAUUGUCGGUGGUGCGUGAAAAUCUUGAAACAUCCCUGCGUGAACGUCGCGUCAAAUUCGAGCAAUAUCUGAUGACGGAAAAGAAAAAGAUGGACCACUUCCGUACGAGAGAAAUACGCGAAAUGCUCUCGUUGGACGAUCUGCGCGAUAAAGUCGAUACGGUGGAUGGACUGAUGAAGAUUUUGGAAGAUUGUAGCCGAGAAGCGAAGGAAAUCAACACCAACGAGAAUCUGCUCCAGAUCGAUCUGUCCUUCUUCCCGUCACUCAAUGAGAUGAUCGAAAAGAUGGGACCGGUUGAGAAGCUGUGGCACACAGCAUACAAGUUUGAUACCUGUCAUGAGGUGUGGUACUUUGGUCCUUUCAAAGACCUCGAUGCCGACAUUAUACGGAAUGCGGUUGAGGAAAUGUAUCAAGCUAUAUCUGUGCUGCUAAAGGAGCUCACCGGUAGCCCUCAGGCAAAGCGUGUCGCCGAACAGAUACGCAUGAAGGUGGAAAAGUUUAAGGUGUACCUCCCGAUACUGGAGUCCGUCUGUCGCCAGGGACUGUGCGAUCGCCACUGGAAGCAGAUCUCGGAAGAACUGGGCCAAGAAGUGAACCCUGCCGUGCACAAUUCGCUCAGCCAAAUGGUGGAGAUCGAUAUCGUCAAAAUACAGGAGCGUCUCGAGGAGAUCUCCAACGCGGCCGGUAAAGAGUACGAGCUGAACAUCCAGCUCGUAAACAUGCAGGAAGAGUGGACCGACGUGGUAUUCGUUUGCGUACCGUACCGGGACAGCGAUAUGUACAUCCUAUCCUCCGUCGAUGAAAUCCAAACGCUGCUGGACGAUCACAUUCUGAAGGCGCAGGCGAUGCGAGGAUCACCGUAUAUCGCUGCACUCGGCACGAAAGCAAACAACUGGGAGGAUAAGCUCAUUUCUAUGCAAGACAUUAUCGAUACCUGGCUGCAGGUGCAGGCGACCUGGAUGUAUCUGGAGCCGAUAUUCAGCUCCGAAGACAUUCUACGCCAGAUGCCAACAGAGGGUCGUCACUUUAAGGCCGUCGAUCGUGUAUUCCGCAAGAUCAUGAAACACACCACGGCCGAUGCGCACGUCAUCCAGGCGACAGAUUAUCCAGAGCUGCUGAACACCCUCCGGAAAGCGUACACCGAUCUGGAGGAGAUUCAGAAGGGUCUCAACAUGUAUCUGGAGAAGAAGCGGCUCUUCUUCGCCCGCUUCUUUUUCCUCUCGAACGACGAGCUGCUGGAAAUUUUGUCCGAAACAAAGGAUCCACUACGUGUGCAGCCGCAUCUGAAGAAGUGCUUCGAAGGCAUACACUCACUGCAGUUCGAUCAGCAGAUGGAGAUCGUUGCUAUUACAUCGGCUGAAAAGGAAGUGAUACCGUGCGUACGAAAAGUCAACCCUAACCUUGCUAACGGUUUGGUCGAAAAAUGGCUUAAGGAGGUCGAAACCGUUAUGCUGGAAAGCGUCAAGGAGCAGAUCUGGCAGUCGUACGAACGCUACCCGAACGAUCCACGUAAAGUAUGGGUACUAAAUUGGCCCGGCCAAGCCGUACAAGUGGUGUCCUGUCUGAAAUGGACCGAGGAGGCAGAGGAAGCCAUUCAACAAGGACAGCUACCGCAGUUCGCAAAGACUUGCAGCAAUCAGAUAGCAGAGUUGGUGGAUCUUGUGCGAGGAAACCUUAGUCCUGGAGCAACGAUCACGAUCGAGGCACUGAUCGUUGUCGAUGUGCACGGACGGGAUAUUGUUAAUUUGCUUGUGGAGAAGCAGAUAGCUGAUGUUGGUGAUUUUAACUGGUUCUCGCAGCUCCGCUAUUACUGGCGCAUUGAUGACGAUGACAAGCAAAGCUAUGUAGGCGUCAGUAUGGUAACCACGGAUCUGAAGUAUGGUAUGGAGUAUCUUGGUAAUACGGGGCGUCUCGUCACAACCCCACUGACCGAUCGAUGCUUCCGCACGCUUAUGGGUGCGUUCAAGUUGAACCUGGGCGGAGCACCUGAAGGUCCUGCCGGUACCGGUAAGACAGAAACCUGCAAAGACCUUGCCAAGGCAGUCGCGAAGAAGUGCGUCGUAUUUAACUGCUCCGAUGGGUUGGAUUACAAAGCGUUGGGCAAAUUCUUCAAAGGUCUUGCACAGUCCGGAUCCUGGGCAUGUUUCGACGAGUUCAACCGCAUCGAACUGGAGGUGCUAUCAGUCGUAGCACAACAGAUUCUCACCAUACAGCAUGCGAUCGCUCAAAAAAUUGCCAAAUUUACGUUCGAAGAUACGCACCUCAAGCUCGAUCCUACGUGCAACAUCUUCAUCACGAUGAAUCCCGGUUACGCAGGGCGUACGGAGCUGCCAGAUAAUCUAAAAGUGCUGUUCCGCACGGUCGCCAUGAUGGUUCCUGAUUAUGCCAUGAUCGGUGAGAUCACACUGUACUCGAACGGGUUUGAUAACGCCCGUGUACUGGCCCAAAAAAUCGUGCACACGUACAAGCUAUGCUCGGAACAAUUGUCCUCUCAGUUCCACUACGAUUAUGGCAUGCGUGCUGUCAAGUCUGUACUAAUGGCAGCUGGUUCAUUACGCCGCACCCAACCACACCUGGCGGAGGAUCAAAUCGUACUGCGUGCUAUUAUUGAUGUGAAUCUGCCAAAGUUUCUGCAACAGGACAUACCAUUGUUCGAAGGUAUCUAUAAGGAUCUGUUUCCUGGCGUUAAUCUUCCUCCGCCUGCCCGAGACGAUAUUGUGCGCAUAUUGCUCGUAAAAUUGGUUAAACGGAAGCUACAGCCGACGGCCUGGUACAUAGACAAGAUCAUGCAAAUCUACGAGAUGAUGCUCGUGCGCCACGGUUUAAUGAUAGUGGGCGAUUCGAUGGGUGGUAAAACGACGGCCUAUCAGGUGUUGGCGGAAACGUUGCGCGAACUACGCCUCGAGAAGGGACCGAAAUGUGAGGAGCAAGGCGUACAAUAUCGCAUCAUCAAUCCAAAGUCCAUUUCCAUGGGCCAACUGUACGGUAGCUUCGAUCCGGCGUCACACGAAUGGUCGGACGGGGUGCUAGCGAACACCUUCCGCGAAAUGGUUAACACAACGAGCCCGGAACGGCAGUGGAUUCUGUUUGAUGGGCCGGUUGAUGCAGUGUGGAUCGAGAAUCUAAACACGGUGCUCGAUGACAACAAGAAACUCUGCUUGAUGUCCGGUGAAAUCAUUCAGAUGACUAAGCUCAUGAAUCUCGUCUUCGAACCAGUUGAUCUGGAACAAGCUUCGCCUGCAACCGUGUCCAGAUGCGGUAUGAUCUACAUGGAACCACACCAGCUUGGUUGGAUUGCUCUGCACAAGUCGUUCUUGCUGGUGCUAGAAGAGAAAGGAGUCUCCGAAAUCAGCAUCGGUGUCUUUGAACAGCUAGUGGAAUGGUUGAUCCCGCCAGCAUUAAAAUUUCUCAAAAUGGUUAAAACCGUCUUGCCAAUCUCCGAGAUGCAAUGUUAUAUGAUGUUCUCCAAGUUCUUCUCCAUAUUUUGCACACGCAUAACAAACUACACCCAAAUACAGUUUCAACAGACUUUCCUCUUUUGCUAUGCAUGGGGCUACUUCUCGUCCGUCACCAACGAGGGACGUAAAAUGAUCGAUCCCUUGCUGCGCAAGAUCCUCUACGGUGGCAAUGAAGAUCACCCCAAACCAAAACACUUCUCGCUCAACCGGGGCCAGAUGUAUCCAGAAAAGAUGAACUUCAUGGACUAUCGAUACGACGAGCACGAGAAUUGGUGGCCGUGGCAAACAACCGAAGAGCUCGUCCUGCCCGAAUCCUGCAUAGUGUCCGAGCUGAUGAUACCUACCAAAGAAACCGGGUACAUUCUGUACUGGACCAACCUUUGCGUUCGCCACGGUAUCCCGAUAUUGCUUGCCGGUCCAACCGGUACGGGCAAGAGUGCUACCAUCUCCAACUACAUUCGCGAGCUACCGAAGACGAAAUUCAUCUCAAACAUUAUCAACUGUUCGGCCCGAAGCACUGCGGCCCAGGUACAGGAUACGAUCAUGAGCAAGCUGGACCGUCGAAGAAAAGGUGUGUAUGGACCGCCGGUUGGCAAGGAGUGUGUUAACUUCAUCGAUGAUCUUGCGAUGCCCGCCCGUGAUGAUUAUGGUUCACAGCCACCACUCGAACUCGUGCGUACAUGGCUCGACCACCGUAUAUGGUCUGAUCUGCGCGAUACAUCCAAGAUCGAACUGAUCGACCUACUGCUAAUCGCUGCGAUGGGACCAAUCGGUGGCAGUAACUACAUCCCACAGCGCCUCUAUCGGCAUACGUUCGUGAUGUCGAUAGAUUCCUUCGAGGAUAAUACGUUGAUGCGCAUUUUCUCCUCCAUCGGGGAUUGGCACUUUGCGAAAGGUUUCCCGGAGCCUGUUGCCCGACUCAGCAAGCUACUCAGUCAAGCGGCAAUCGCCGUGUACCGUGGCGCGAUCGAAAACUUUCUUCCGACACCGGCAAAGUCGCACUAUCUGUUCUCGCUGCGCGAUGUUUCUCGCGUGUAUCAAGGAAUCGUUCUAUUGCCCUCGAAGAAGCUGCCCGAUCCGGAGAAGCUUGUGCGACUUUGGCUACACGAAACGUAUCGUGUUUUCUGCGAUCGCUUGGUAGAUGAUGACGAUAAGCUGAAACUACUUCGUCUGGUGGAUGAAGCAUGCGUUACGCAUCUACGCUUGAAGCUCGAGCAAGCUUUCGGCGAGCGUCUCGAACCGGGCCAGAAGGUAUCAGAUAAGCACAUCCGAGAUCUGCUGUUCGGUAAUUACAUGGAACCUGCGGCCGUAACGCGCAUCUAUGACGAAGUGGACAACUGGGAACAGCUUGAAAAGAACAUCAACUUCUACCUGACCGAGUACAACGAACGUUCGAAAUCGCCCAUGAACUUAGUGCUGUUCCGCUUUGCCAUUGAACACAUUUCCCGCGUAUCGCGUGUGCUUCAGAUGCCACGAGGACAUUUGCUCAUGGUGGGCCUCGGUGGCUCUGGACGUCGCAGUGCUGUAAAGCUAGCAUCCAGCAUGAGCGAUUCGCACGUAUUUCAAGUCGAGGUAACGCGCAGCUACACACUCAACGAGUGGCGCGAGGAUAUGAAAAAACUGCUGAUGUAUGCGGGCUGCGACGGAAAGCGCACCGUGUUCCUGUUCAACGACUCCCAGGCAAAGGAGGAAGCCUUCGUGGAGGACAUCAAUUCGCUGCUCAACACCGCCGACCUGCCCAACCUGUUCCAGGCCGAAGAGAAGGCGGUGAUCCUCGAACAAAUGCAAAUCAUCGUCCAGGCCACGAACAAGCCAAUCGAUCUGACAGCGCUGUCGCUCUACAGCUUCUUUGUGGAGCGUGUACGCGAGAACCUGCACAUAGCGCUAGCGUUCUCACCGAUCGGAGACUCGUUCAAGAAGCGGCUACGCAUCUAUCCUUCCCUCAUCAAUUGCUGCACAAUCGAUUGGUUUACGGCUUGGCCCGAUGAUGCGCUGCAAAAGGUGGCGGAAUUUUUCAUUCGCUCGAUGGAUCUCGUCGCCAGCCAGGAGCGAUUGUCGAUGUCACGCGAGUCAUCGAGCAUCGAGGCGGUGGAACCGGUGGACGAGAAGGACCAAAAGGUACGCAAGCUGACCGCGCUAGAGUGCAAGCUGAUCGACUGUGUGCUGGUGUUCAACGAAAGUGUCGUGGAGAACUCGAACCGAUUCUUCCUCGAGCUGGGUCGACGCAACUACGUGACGCCGACGUCGUAUCUGGAGAUGUUACGAUCAUUCAAAGACUUGUACCACAAGAAAUACUCCGAAACGAUUACGCAACGCGACCGCUACACAACCGGGCUGGAGAAGCUAGACUUUGCCGCCGGCCAGGUAUCGGUCAUGCAGAACCAGUUGCAAGAUUUACAGCCGAUGCUCAAACAAACGUCCGACGAAACGGAGAAAAUCAUGGUAAACAUUGAGCGCGAAACGGCGGAAGCUGAAAAGAAGAAGGAAAUUGUCGGUGCCGAUGAAACAGCAGCGAACGAAGCGGCCGCAUCAGCGCAAGCGAUUAAGGAUGAUUGUGAAAGCGACCUACAGGAAGCCGUACCGGCCCUGGAGGCUGCCCUUUCAGCCCUGGACACUCUCAAGCCGGCAGACAUUACUGUGGUAAAGUCGAUGAAAAAUCCUCCCUCGGGAGUGAAGCUCGUGCUGGAAGCAGUCUGCGUCAUUCGAGGCAUUAAGCCGGAUAGGAAGCCCGACCCGAAUGGUCAUCUGGUGGAAGACUACUGGGGACCUUCGCAAAAGAUGCUUGGUGACCUGAAAUUCCUCGAUAGCUUGAAGACCUUCGACAAGGACAACAUUCCCAUACCUGUUAUGAAAAAAAUCCGCGAAGUGUAUAUAGCUGACCGUGAGUUUGUCCCGGAAAAGAUCAAGAGCAUUUCGAUGGCCUGCGAAGGACUCUGCCGGUGGGUACGGGCAAUGGAGAUCUACGACCGAGUCGCAAAGAUUGUCGCACCGAAAAAGAUUGCACUAGCCGAAGCGGAAGCCGAACUGGCUAUGCAGAUGGAAAAGCUCAACUCCAAGCGGGCCGAGCUGCAGGAAAUUCUCGAUAAGCUGCAGAAGUUGAAUGACUUCUUUGCAGAAAAGUCCCGCGAAAAGAAACGACUCGAGGAUGAAAUUGACAGCUGCGAAAAGAAGCUUAUCCGGGCGGAGCAGCUGAUCGGUGGACUUGGUGGAGAAAAGCGACGCUGGUCCGAGUGUGCGUUCAACCUGCACCAAUCCCUGAGCAAUGUGGUUGGUGAUGUGUUAUUAGCAGCUGGGUGUGUGGCCUAUCUCGGUUGCUUCACCACCGAAUUUCGAUCCAAAAUCGUGCAAGAAUGGAACGUGGAAGCCGUUACACGGCGCAUACCCUGCACGGAGAAUUUCUCCCUGAUCACCACACUCGGGAAUCCGCUACAAAUACGUAGCUGGUCCAACUGGGGUCUACCGACGGAUAACUUUUCCGUUGAGAACGGAAUUAUCGUGAAGCACGCGCGGCGCUGGCCGCUCAUGAUUGACCCGGAGGGGCAAGCGAAUAAGUGGGUGAAGAACAUGGAGAAAGCGAACAAUCUCAAGAUCAUUCAGCAAAUGGAAGCCAACUACAUGCGCAUCGUGGAGAACGCAAUCAUCAACGGGUAUCCGGUGCUGCUGGAAAACGUAGGCGAAAACAUCGAUUCCGGAUUCAACUCGAUACUCGAGAAAAACAUCAUAUACCAGAAAGGAGCGUACAACAUUAAGUUUGGUGACGGUAUGGUGGAGUAUAACGAUAACUUCCGAUUCUACAUCACGACCAACCUGCGCAAUCCGCACUAUCUGCCCGAAACGGCCGUCAUGGUAACGCUGAUGAACUUCAUGAUCACGGAGCAAGGGUUGCGAUCGCAGCUGCUGGGAACGGUCAUCAUACAGGAGCGUCCAGAUUUGCAGGAGAAAAAGGAAUCGCUCAUCAUAGAGUCGGCCCAAAACCAGGAAGCGUUAUACAACGCGGAAGCCAAGAUUUUGCAGGUGCUCUCGACAGCGGAAGGAAAUAUUUUGGACGAUGAAAACGCUAUUGACAUUCUCACGUCGAGCAAGCAACUCUCGGAGGAGAUACAGGCGAAACAGAUUGUUGCCGUGGCUACGGAGGCGGAAAUUGAUGCGGCCAGACAACAGUACAUACCGGUAGCACGCCACUCGGCUGUGAUUUUCUUCUGUACGGCCGAGCUGGCCAAUAUCGAUCCCAUGUACCAGUUCAACUUGACCUGGUUCCUGAACAUCUUCGUACAGGCGAUCCUUAACUCACCCAAAUCCGAUGAUCUGGAGCAACGUUUGAAGCAUCUAACCGAUUACUUCACUAUGGCCAUCUACAAUAACGUGUGCCGGUCGUUGUUCGAGAAGGAUAAGCUAAUGUUUUCGUUCGUGCUCUGUCUUGGCAUCAUGCGUGGCCGGGGAGACGUUAAGGAUUCGGAAUUGUCCUUCCUGCUGGCCGGUGGAUUGGCGCUGGACAACCCUUAUCCUAAUCCCGCACCCGAUUGGCUAACAGAUAAAUGCUGGUCAGAAAUAGUGCGUGCCGGAUCGCUCCCAUCGCUCAAAGAACUUCCGCAAUCGUUCAUGCGGGACAUUGAGCAAUGGAAAGCUUACAACGAUCUGAACGAUCCCGACGCGCAUCCGCUGCCGGAACCGUACGAUCAGCAUGAAAACAUUAUCAAACUAAUCGUUCUCAAGUGUCUGCGGCCGGAUAAAGUGGUCCCUGGAUUGCAGCGCUUCAUCGUACAAUAUAUUGGCAAAACGUACGUCGAACCUCCACAGUUCAAUUUGGAAACUUCGUACCGCGAUUCGUCCCCCCGAAUUCCACUCAUAUUUAUGCUAUCGCCCGGCUCGGAUCCGAUGGACAACAUCUUUACGUUCGCCAACGCUCACUACAUGAGCGAUGACUGCCGUGUGAUCUCGCUUGGACAGGGACAGGGUCCGAAGGCUACGCGCACUAUACUGGAUGCCAUCAAGUUAGGCUAUUGGGUCAUUCUUCAGAAUUGUCACGUAGCGGAGUCGUACAUGGACGAGCUGGAGAAGAUUUGCAUGGACUCGAGCCUGUACGAAUCGGUGCACCCAAAGUAUCGCUUAUGGUGUACAUCAUACCCUAGCCGUCGGUUCCCGGUGUCCAUCCUACAAAACAGCGUAAAAAUGACGAAUGAAGCUCCGAAGGGUGUGAAAAACAAUAUGAAACGCAUCUUCAGCACGGAACCACUGUCCAACAACACCUUCUAUUCGGAUGCUUUCGAUGGAGAUCUCGGCAAGGUGUGGCUGCGAGGAGUCUUCUCGCUUGUGUUUUUCCAUGCUGUUGUGCAGGAACGCUGCAAGUUCGGUCCACUGGGUUGGAACAUUCCGUACGAGUUCAAUGAAUCGGAUCUAAAAAUUUCGCUGAUGCAGUUGAAGAUGUUUCUCAAUCAGUACCACAAGAUUCCGUUCGAGGGACACAUAUAUCUUACGGGCGAGUGCAACUAUGGAGGGCGUGUCACGGACGAUAAGGAUCGACGUUUGUUGAUGGCUCUGUUGAAUCGGAUCUACAAUCAAAAUACGAUCGACAUCCCCAACUUCCAGCUGACAGAGUCGGGGCGCUACAAAGUACCGGAGCUGCCGACUGGCAAGGAAGCACUUGCCUAUAUCUCCACAUUACCCAUGAUCGCCCAUCCUGAGGUGUUUGGAUUGCAUGAAAAUGCUGACAUCACGCGCAAUAUUGAUGAAACAUCGUCGUUACUAAAUCGAGUGUUACUCACCCAAACACACCUUUUCGCUGGAACGGCCUCGUCUGACAUGGAGCAGAAAGACGAUCCGGUUUUGCUACUGUGCACUGAGAUCGCCAAAAAGCUUCCCAACCUCUACGAUGUUGAAGCCGUCGCCGAACUGUACCCGAUCGAGUACGAAAACUCCAUGAAUACCGUGCUGCGCCAAGAGCUAACGCGCUUCAACCGGCUGCUGGAGUACAUCCGGCUCAGCCUUGUCGAUGUGCAGCGUGCCAUCAGGGGGCAGAUCAGCAUGAUACCGGAGCUGGAAAAUAUCUAUCGUGCGAUGAAGAUCUCGCGUGUGCCAAAGGCAUGGCUGUCGAAGAGCUACCCAUCGUUGAAGCCACUCGGCAGCUACGUAAACGAUUUCGUCCAACGGUUGGCAUUCUUCCAGCGCUGGAUCGACGAAGGGGAACCGAACGUGUACUGGAUGAGCGGGUUCUACUUCACGCAGUCCUUUCUCACUGGUAUCAUGCAGAACCAUUCGCGCAAAUUUAAGCUUCGCAUCGAUGAGUUGGUGAUGGAUUUUGAUGUGACGAGUUUUGAGUCGGACGAAGCAAUCAAAGAUUCGACGGAGGUGGCUACGUUUGUUAAGGGUCUUUACUUGGAAGGUGCUCGAUGGAACCGGGAGAGCAUGCGCUUAGACGAGCCACUGUCACGCAUCCUGUACGACACGCUGCCCAUCAUUUCGAUGACUCCAUUACUGAAAAGCGAAAAGAAUGACCAAGAGCGCCUUCGCUACCACUGUCCCAUUUAUAAGACUAGUGAACGUCGCGGAGUUCUAUCCACCACCGGACAUUCGACCAACUUCGUCAUGUUCCUCGAGCUUGACACACAUAUGCCGCUCGAGCACUGGGUUCUUCGAGGAACCGCUUGUCUCUGUCAGUUGGAUGACUGA